CGCUCUGCUAGUGACAACUGAGGUGAUGCAGUUUCCUUUUCUGAAAGAACCCCAGAUUGGAGCCCUCCUUGCAUGUCAAUGCUGACAUACAGACGAAUUCUUCAGAAAAUCCAAGAUUCAGGCAUUCUCCUUUGGAGACAUCAACCUCCGGAGUACAGCACACCUAAGGAAGCUUCCUGCCCCUGUCGUGGGAUAUGGCAGAGUCAGUAGACAAUGCUCUUUGUGAGAAGUUUGAGGCCAAUGCAUUCGCUAAACACCGCUGUCAGAACUGUUUUCAAGCUGCUGGUGUUCACCAGCACAAUAACCAGGCACCAGAGGAACAUGCAGUGGAGGCUCCUCACUGUGAUGCUGAAAGUGGGCCAGACCCCGGUGGACCCUGGGAUCCUUUGUGCAUCUUAGCACCCCGCUGUGAGCUCUACGUAUGUGCAAGGUCUGAGAGCAGGACCGAGAGCUGGCAGGAGAGCCUGGCAUAUACCCAAUUCAGCACCAAGACUGAAGAUGGCCCCAGAGAGACCAGCACCAGUAUCAACACUGAUGCCAACACCAGUACUGGACCUGACACCACACUCUCCAGGGACUGGGAGAUGACUAGGCUGCUGGAUGGCAUUUUGGAAUCAGACAAACCAGACAUGAUCUUCACAGGCCACCUGAAAGCAAUACGGGAAGCAGCCCUGCAGGCAGAGAGACCCAGGUGGGGUCAGACCUUUCCAUCUGGCCCCUGGGUGCGAGUAGACUCCCAGAGCUCUGUGAAAGGAGUCAACCCUUUGAAAGCAGAGUCUCAUCCCAUGAGCCAGACUUCUGGGAGUAGUUGGCCAAAGCACCAGAUAGAGAAUGGUUAUUUCUCCCUGGAGCGCCGAAAAUCUGAACCCAGUCAGCCUGCCUCCCCUCCCUGUGCCAGCCACAGCCCCUUUCCCCCACGCAGCGACUCAUUUGGGGCUGGCGGGCAUCGCACUUCCUCUGCCAGCUCCCUGAACUCUGAGACGAGCUGGCGCACAAGUGGCGGUGGUGAGGGGCGACAUGGGCUAGAGAGGCAGGAGUACACUGUGCUGGCUGACCUGCCGAAGCCCAAGCGGAUCAGCCACAAGGAGGCAUUUGACCGGGGACGCAGAAGCUCCCGCACUCGAAGCCCAGGUCGGGAUGAGGUGAAACGGCUCUUCGGAUCUGAGCGCAGGAAGACUGAGACCCUGGAGGCAUUCCAGGCCUUGGAAGAAGGCCGUGUGGACCAUCUGGAUGGCAAGCCCCCACAGCUGGCCAAGGGAGGCCGAUUAAUCAGAAGGCAGUCCAGCCCCACCUUGGCCAGAGAAGGGAGCAAGAGACUCCCAGGGCAGCUGGAACAGCAGGGCCGAGGCCGACGGGAAUCCUUGCACUCAGCGAACCCAGCUCAAGGAUCGGGCAGAGACAACAGGAGCCGACAGGACUCUUUGCACUCAGUGAGUUCAGCUCAGGGACGGGACAGGAACUGGAGGAAGCAAGGAGACCCUGGGGGUUCAGUCAUUCAACCAGACAGAGACUGGAGGAGUCGAGCAAAACCUGUAUGCCCCAUGAACAUGGACAGAGAACGAGUGCCCUUCCAAGUAUUGAACCCAGGGAAGCACAUGGACAGCCAUGGAAAAAGUCGAGGGGGCUCCCUGCACCCCACAAAACCCAUUAAGACCUUGGAUGCCAGCUGGACUGGCCAAGGGGGGCACCCACGUUCUCAGAGUCCUGGGAAGCACAUGGAGAGCACCUGGAAAAGCCAAAAGCCAGUCCACACUGCAAAUCCAGCGCUGAGCCCAGAGAGAAGGGGAACAAGCCCAGGAGGUUCCCUGAACCCUCUAAGCACUGGGAAGCAAAGAGAGAGCAACUGCCGAAGCUUGCUGGAGAAAACACCCCCUGCAAGCCCAGAGACAGGCACAGACAAUGACCGGAAAGGCCGGGGCAAGCCCCUGCGCCCCAUGAGCCCAACUCACUUACCACAGAAAAGCUGGAAGAGCAGAGGAGAGACCCCGCCCCAUGUGAGCCAAGCUCGAAGGCCAGCAAAGGACUGGUGGAGUCCUGAGAAGCCCUUGUGCCAUGUGAAUGUGAUGCAAAGGGACUGGAGAAGCCGAGGUGAGCACCUGCACUCAGGGAAGCAACCAAAGAGUAACUGGAAAAGCCCUGCAGGUCCUGUGCAGCAGUCUGAGAAUGCCUGGAAGAGUCCUGUGGCGUCCCCACCUUCCAAGAGUCAAAGACCAGCAAGUCCAGUACAACAGUCAGAGAAUAACUGGAGGAAUCCUGGGGGGUCACCGCCUCCCAGGAGCCAAAGACCUGUGAGUCCAGUGCAACGGUCAGAGAAUGACUGGAGGAGUCCUGGGGGAUCCCCAUCUUCCAGGAGUCAAAGACCAGUGAGUCCAGUGCAGUGGUCAGAGAACGAAUGGAAGAGUACUGAGUGGUCCCCACCCUCCAGGAACCCAGAGAAGCAAUGGGGGAACGAGUGGGAAGCCAAAGGCAACUUCUUGCAUCAAUCCCAGCUGGGUAGAGGCACAAUGCAACUCCUCAGCAGUGCCAGGCCACCUUCUCCAGGAAGCCAAGACCUUUAUCUGGAUGCCAGUGAGAAAUACAAGCCGGAUCUCCUCAAUUUCAAGAAAGGAUGGAUGUCCAUACUGGAUGGGCCAGGAGAGUGGAAGAAGCACUGGUUUGUGCUGACGGACUCAAGCCUGAGAUAUUACAGGGACUCCAGUGCUGAAGAGGCUGAUGAGCUGGAUGGUGAGAUUGACUUGCGCUCCUGCACAGAUGUGACAGAAUAUGCAGUGCAACGCAACUACGGCUUCCAGAUACAUACGAAAGAUGCUGUCUUCACUCUAUCAGCGAUGACCUCGGGAAUCCGGAGGAAUUGGAUUGAGGCAUUGAGGAAGAACGUGCGUCCUGCCAGUGCUCCAGAUGUCACCAAGCUGUCUGACUGCAACAAGGAAAACUCCUUCAGUAGUUAUGUACCCCAAAAGAGCUCCCUCCGUUCGGAGGAGCAGCGUUCAGGCACGGGGUCAGAGGUUAUCUUCAAGGGCAGUUACCGGAAAGCAGACGGACAGCGCCAGGCUUUCAACUAUGUGGAGCUGUCCCCCCUGCAGCAGGGCCCCUUGAACCAAGGGUCCCCACAGCGGACGAGAGGGAGUUUGAGGGUCUUUGACAGAACAUUCAAGCAUGAGGAGCUGGAACGGGACCUGGCCGUCCGCUCGGAGGAGAGGCGGAAGUGGUUCGAGGCUCCUGACAGUGGAGUCCUGCAGACUGAUGGCCCAGCUCGGGAUCUCUUCCGCAAGGGGUGUGAGAAGGAGCCUAUGGGCCAGUCCCUGUCCGAGGAGCAGCGCAGUCGGCUGAAGGAAGAGAUUGAGAAGAAGUGGCUGGAGCUGGAAUGCUUGCCCCUGAGGGAGUCGAAGAGAGUCCCCCUGACAGCACUGCUGGACCAGAGCAGAGAGAGCCACAGGGACACCAGUGAAGCAUUGGAGAAGGAGGUUCAGUCCCUGAGGGCACAGCUGGAAUCCUGUCGUGUUGGUGGUGAGAGCCUUCGUGACACUGCAAAGCCUCAUGGAGAUGGCAGUGUGCCUCGAGGCUACAUCUCCCAGGAGGCCUGUGAGCGCAGCUUGGCAGAGAUGGAGUCUUCCCACCAGCAGGUCAUGGCAGAGCUGCAGCGGCAUCACCAGCGGGAGCUGGAGCGGCUGCGACAGGAGAAGGAGAGGCUCCUGGCUGAGGAGGCGGCAGCUACAGCCGCAGCCAUUGAAGCACUGAAGAAGGCCCACCAGGAGGAGCUGAAUAAAGAGCUGGGCAGGACGCGCAGCUUCCAGGAUGGUGGGUCCAGCUCUGACGCACUUCAGAGGCAGCACCAGUUGGACCUGGCUUCUCUGAAGCGGGAGCUGCAGGUUCUUUCUGAGCAAUACUCCCAGAAGUGCCUGGAAAUAGGGAACCUCACAGAAAAGGCAGAAGAGCGGGAGCAGAUGCUGCAGUGCUGUCAGCAGGAGGGGAAGGAACUCCUCCGGCAGAACCAGGAUCUGCAAGCACGCCUGUCGGAGGAGAUUGGGAGGCUACGGACCUCCAUCGCUUCUCAUGGUUCUGGGGAUGGGGCCUUGCACGAUAAUGAGAGGAGCUCCUGCGAGCUAGAGGUGCUGCUUCGAGUGAGAGAAAAUGAGCUCCAGUAUCUGAAGAAAGAGAUUCAGUGUCUUCGGGAGGAGCUGCAGAUGAUGCAGAAGGAUAAGAGGUUUGCCUCGGGGAAAUACCAGGAUGUCUACGUGGAGCUGAAUCACAUCAAGGUGCGCUCAGAGCAGGAAAUCGAGCAGCUGAAGGAGCAUCUGCGCCUGGCCAUGGCGGCUUUGCAGGAGAAGGAGACGCUGUGUAACAGCAUUGCUGAAUAGAGGUCCGUUUUAUUCUGCUCCUCACUUGUUGGGAAGUGGUGGCUGCAUCCUAUCCAUUCACACAACCUUCCUAGAACCCAUCCCCUCGUGCCUUCCAAUGAAUCCCUGUCCCAUGUGCCUGCGUAACUGAGCACGCCAUUUGGACUGGCUCCAACAUGCACCUUCUUCAGGAUUUUAUAUGUGAAAAGAUAUUUUAUAGAGUUUUUGGGGGUUUUUUUGGAAGGGGAGGGGAACAUUUUAAGCUACUAUAUCUUUUAGCCAGCAGCUGAAGACAGACUUUGUAUUCCCUGCUGCCCCUUCUGGCCACGAGUGCACACAGGCUCUAGAGUGGCUGUCUUGUAGCACUCUCCUUCUUCUUCAAAUGUUUGUGUGAGCCCACUUGGAUGUGCUAGAAUGACUGACUGUGGCCCACAGCAGCCUGUGCAAGAGACAAACUAACCAUAGCAGGGCAAGCAAUGGCUCCAUCUGCCCUGGGCACAUCCAUGGGGAGAUGGUGGUGAGAGACCAUGUGACCAAGUCUAUCGGUGACUAUCCUCCAACUCAGAGUACUGCACUAAAGGCAGAUUCCUGCAGGAGUAGGCCAGCUGUCUGUCUCACUGUGAGGCUGGUGCCUACCGCAGUGUGGGACAAGCCUGCCUUCUGCCUGCACACCCCUGGGGAGUAGUGGACACUUUCCAUGAGCCGCUGCUGCCUCUGCCAGAGCCAAAUAACAAAGGCAGCUGCUGCUCCGCUGCACAGCUCAUAGUUUAACUUAAUAAAAAUAUUCCGAUAUUGCAGGGGAUCUUGUAUGACUGUUGCAUUGGCCUCAGAGUCAUUGAUGGUGUCAAGUCAGGCUUGUCCUUUACACAGCAUCUUUGAACCUUCACGUUGGAGGAUGGCUCCUUGCUUUAUCGAAUCAGCAGUGUCCAGCAAGGGCUGCCAGUUGUGCCUAGAGACUUUGAUGUAAGAACUGACAUUCUGGGUCAGACCAAAGGUCUGUCCAACCCUGUAUAUCUUGUCUCUAAUAGUGGCCAGUAGCAGAUGCUUUCUAGAGCAGUGGCAUCAACAUAACGCUUGUGGGCCAGCUCUGGCCCCUGGAGGUGUCAUCUAGCUUAUAAGGCUUCUCAGUGGCUGAACCACUUUGUUCCAUGGAUUUGGCCUACAGGGUUUGUUGCCAUAGCUUCAGUAUUAAUCACUGCUACUUUAGUGUGGCUUCAGAAACCAGGGAGUUAAUUCCACUUGCCUUUCCCUCUUGAGGUUUGUAGGUGCCCCUGGCAGGGGGGUUUGGGGGACAAGCGGCAGCAGCAACAUCAUUCACUCCCUGGGUUCUGGAGAUGUGCCAAAACAGUGGCUCUGGCAGCAGUGGGGACUUAUGCCACCGCCAUUCAUGCGUUGUCCAGUUUGAAGGGCCCAAUGACCCUUUGGUUAGACACCCCUGCUUCAGAGAGAGCAUCACGAACAGCUUGCCUAAAGUGUUCCAUCACCUGUCGGACUCCCCCAGUCUCCAGCAAUGGGUUACAUCCCUGACUUUUAUGGUUAAUAGCCCCUGAUGGAUCUAGUCUGUACCCAGUUAUUUAAUCCCCUUUUGAACCUUGUUAGACUUUUGGCCUCCUCAACAUCCUGUGGCAGUGAAGCUCUGCAUAUUCAUGAUGCACUGUGCUUUAAAAGGAAAAAAAGGACUUCUUUUUGGUUUGUUUUAAACCUGCUGCCUGAUAAUGUCACUCCUCCCCGUAGUUCUUUUAUUAUAGUAGAUGUAAUGAAUAAUACUGCCCUAUUCACUUUUUCCAGACUAUGAUUUUUAUAGCUCUGUCAUAUCCCACUCAAAUUUUUUCAAAGCUGAAGACUCCUAGUCUUUUCUGUCUCUCUUUAUAUAGCAGCUGUUCCAUAGCCCUGAUCAGUUUGUUGCCAUUCUCUGUACCUGUUCUAGUUAUGUUGCAUCCUUGUUGAAAUGGGGUGACCAGAACUGCACACAGCAUUCAAGAUGGGGUGCUUCAUGGAAUUAUAUUUUCAUAGAUUUCAUAGACGUUCGGGCUAGAAGGCUGGAGGAUCAUUGAGUCCAGCCCCCUACCCCAGGGGCAGGAAGUCAGCAGGGAUCAUAGGAUCCCAGCAAG